GCAUCCGGGCGACCUCCAAGGACCCCUCAAUUGCAAGAUUUGAUGAAGAUUUGCAAAACCCCCAAUUUUGGAUCCAAUUUCGAAUUUUAGGGUUUUUUCGAGUAGAAAAAUUCAGAUUCGAGAAGUUACAGGCCAAAUUAGACAAAAUGAAUCCAGUCGCCCACGGGCCGCCCUUCUCCUCUUCGUCCAAAUCCACCGUUUAACGUUAAUUAGAGUCGUCGGGCCACAGUUCUCCAAAACCAGAAGAGCAUUCCAUUUCGAAAUCCCUAUCUCCCCCCGUUGAUCCGUGCGGUUUCUUCAUCUCUCCGGUUCCAUGACGGUCAGAACAGUGAAAGUGAGCAAUGCUUCUUUAGGCGCUUCUGAGCAAGAUAUUAAGGAGUUCUUUUCGUUUUCUGGAGAAAUCGAGUAUGUGGAAAUGAAAAGUGCUGAUGAACGGUCUCAGACUGCUUAUGUAACUUUUAAGGAUCCUCAGGGUGCAGAGACAGCAGUGCUUCUUUCGGGAGCUACUAUUGUUGAUCAGUCAGUCACCAUAGCUCUUGAUCAUGAAUAUAAGCUGCCACCUGAGGUUUUGUCGGCACCAACUGCAACCGAAAGCCAGAAUAUUGGUGGUGCUGGUGGGUCUGCGAUUCAGAAAGCAGAAGAUGUGGUCAGUAGCAUGUUGGCCAAGGGCUUUGUCCUAGGCAAGGAUGCUCUGAAUAAGGCCAAGUCUUUUGAUGAGAAGCACCAGUUCACCUCCACUGCCACAGCCAAAGUCGCCGCUUUAGACCAGAAGAUUGGAUUUACAGAGAAGAUCGGCUUGGGAGCAACCAUAGUGAACGAAAAGGUCAAAGAAGUGGACCAGAAGUUUCAGGUUUCAGAGAAGACCAAGUCUGCCUUUGCAGCUGCUGAGCAGACAGUUAGUAAUGCCGGUUCUGCCAUUAUGAAGAACAGGUACGUUCUCACCGGGGCAACUUGGGUCACUGGAGCCUUUAGUAGGGUUACCAAAGCUGCUGGAGAAGUGGGCCAGAAGACUAAGGAAAAAGUGGAUGAAGAAAAUGCAAAGGAAGAAGGUUAUGCACAGCUAAAUACCACUUCUUCUGAACCCCCAAGGGCUUCUUCUUCCACUAGUGAUGAACCAAAGAAGUCGUCCUCCGCGGUUGAGGGCUUGAUCCUAUGAAUUUGUGCAAAAAUGUGUAAAACCUCCAUUUCUCUUAUUUAAGGAUUAUGAGAGGAGGGUUUCUUGGCUUCUUGCCAUUUCAUCCCAUUUGGUGCUUGGACUUUUGAAAUGUAAUUGUGUCAUGUCAGAACUAAUAGAUGUUUUUUAUACAUUGAAAAAAAAAAGGUUUUGUAAUAUUUGAUUGGAUAAAUGCUUAUUAAUAAUGAUAAUACACCUUA